CUCACAGUCUUUUAUGAUGGCGUUUGGUUCGCGUUUAAUUUCCAAAUUUCGCCCCAAAAAGGGGGAAGUAGGUGAAAAAGACGGAGCCAAGACAGGAAAUCAGCAUAUCUCUACCAGCUCGAAUACCCAGUCAACAACGCCGCCACCGCCAGCGGUAGUACAGGCUGGCCAGAAACCGACUAUAGCAUCAGCGCAAGCAGACCCUAUAAGUGUAGGCGAAGCUCAGGAGGAGAUAACUAAAUCUUUGAGAAAUGGCCCAUUUUCUCAGGUGAAUAACCCCGGCCAGUCACUGGUAAAGGCACAACGGAUGCUCGAGGAAUCAUUCGGGAAUCUACAUGCUACCUUGAAAGAGAGUGCUCAAUAUUACGAGGGUGUCUCCGUGGGAGAUGACGCCGUUAAGCAAGCCGUGGCUGUAGCUAGCAAUGAGCCCUUGACAUCCGCAGACUCAUACAGCAGGGUCAUCGCAAAAGCCUUGCUAAAGGAUGAAGCUCAGCAAGACACAAUAUCUGGCAGGACAAGAAUUUGCAUGUCGAAGGUGUUCCCCGUUCUCAGUGUUGUACUCGGGGUGGUCUCGUUCUCUGCAGAUGCAGCUGGCUUGUUACCGCUGAAAAUUACUGCUAAUGCUCUCAGUCAAGUCGUAACGCUAGCCUCCAAUGAUCAUAGCAGUUCAGUGGCUGUCGUCGAAGGUCUCGAGGAAUUAUCAGAUCAUCAACAGUUUCUGAAUAGCGUGAGUUCCUUAAAUUUUGAAUUGGACAAUGGGACAGAUUCCAUCUUAGUGAAGGCCACCAAUCUACUCGCUGCUAUCACGGAUUUUUUGCGGAUCAGUAUCCAGUUCUUACAAAGGAAUUUCGUUCAAAGAGUUUGGGACCAAGUCACAACAGACCAUGUGAAUACAGCCAUGAAGUCGUUACAAGAUGCUCGCCAAAAUUUUGACAUGGCAGUACAUGGGGCAGCGUCGGCAACUAUUCUGAGAAGAGAGAAUGAGGCAGUAACCCGGAAAGCGCUACACGAUAUGUCACCUCUGACGUUUAAGAAAACGCACGAUGAUGUUGUAAUAAACAGGUUGGAAAAUUCGGGGCAGUGGUUACUUGAACAUCCAAACUUUGACAAAUGGCUCCGUGGAGACAUCUUAACUCUGUGGUGCCCGGGAAAAGGUGGUGCUGGAAAGACAUUCUUAACAUCGGUUGUGAUUGAUCAUGUCGACUCUUAUCUUAAGAGCCAAAGAGAAACCCAACCAGACAAACGUGUUGGCCUUGUCUAUCUCUACUGCAGAUUUCAGAACGAAGCCGAACAAACAGUCCUUAAAUUCAUCCCAGCUAUAAUUCAGCAAUUGGCUGCGCAAGAUUUAUCUGCAGUAAGCCAGGUUAAAAAGUUCAACGCUAAGCAUGUUACACAACCAGCAACUCUAGACCAAUACACUUCAUUCUUGUCGGAAUUGUUGGAUUCGUUCUCGGCCGUAUAUUUAAUGGUCGACGCACUAGAUGAGUUUUCGAAGUCUGAAUAUGAGAAGAAGCUAUUCGUGCAGGAGCUACUAUCGCUCAGCUCUACAAGGACGACACUUCGGAUUUUUAUCACAUCGAGACCAGAUCACGAUGUUGCUCAAGAGCUCGGAGGAGAGAACGUAGAUAUCGAGGCAAGCGAGAUGGACAUUCAUGCGUAUAUUGAAAGGGCAAUCAAAACAAAUUCCGCCUGGAAAUCAUGGGUUGAAAAACGACCAGAUUUGCGUACGAAGAUGUUGGCAACUAUACCUAAAAAAGCACGCAAAAUAUUCCAGCUCGCGAAGAUGCAGAUAGAUCAUUUGGAAACAGAGUAUACAGUCGAGGAUGUCAUCGACGCUUUAGGUUCCCUAUCGGAAAAUGUGAACGAUUAUUACAAAAUGUCCAUCGAAAGGAUAGAAAGAAUGAGCGAAGCUAGAGAUAAGGAUAUAAUCAAUAUCAUACUCAAAUGGGUAUAUUUUGCGAAGAGGCCUCUUCGAGUCGACGAGAUAUGUCACAUCUUAGCCGUCAAACCCAAGAACACGUCAGCAUCGAGGCUUCAGAGAAUUGUGGAAUCCAACGCGGGAUCUUGGUUACAGACCUUCAUCGAUAGAUCUGCCGGUCUCCUUACCAUACGCGAAGAGAGUCAGAUCGUAUCCGUGGCGCAUCCGACGGUGCAAGAGUACCUGAAAACGCUGGAGGUGACACUACUCUCAACUGCGGAGGAGGAGAUAUCAGAUAGGUGCCUCACUUAUCUGUUUCUUGAUGUGUUUGCCGACGGAUCUUCUUCCGAGUUAGAUGACCCAAUAUUUGACCGGCUAUCCAUGUUUCCCUUUGUCGAGUACGCCUCUAUAUUUUGGGGUGAUCAUUUAAGGGGAAAGCCAGAGGAAAACACUUCUUUACAAGAUCUGGCACUAGAUUUUCUAAAAAAUGAAAAGCUGCUGUCUAGCUCCGUGCAAAUGGCGUUGGUAUCUCCGGAGAUCGCUAGAUCAGACGGAAGGUUGGGUAUAAUUUCAGGGGAACAAUUCUUUGGUAGAGAGGCUCCAGCUAUUGUAGUUGCGGCAAAGUUUGGACUAUUGGUACUAGUUAAUAGACUUCUAGAGGAUGGCACGAGUAUUGAAGAACGGGGGGGCGGUGGCGACACAGCGCUAUAUCAAGCGUCCCUGAUGGGACAUGAACCAGUCGUCAAUACGUUACUGAAUAAAGGUGCGAAUAUUAACUCCCAGGGUGGAGACUACUCCACUCCGGCUCUUCAGGCAGCUUCACACGGAGGACACCUUACAGUAGUCAAACUGCUGCUCGAGAGGGGGGCGAAUGUUAACGCUAAGAAUGAAUCAUACCGGGAGCAGUCGACUGCACUAUCCUCAGCUUCAGCUGCAGGGCACGUACAAGUUGUCAUAGCGCUGCUCAAUGCGGGAGCUGAGGUUAACGCUAGACGUGGCGAAUCCACAAAUCCGCUCCAUGCCGCUGCAGCUGGAGGAUACACCGCCAUCGUCAAAAUAUUGCUCGAUAAGGGAGUCGACGUAAAUGCUCGAAGUAGUGAUCGGCAUGGCAACGCGCUUUCCGUAGCUUCAGAUAGGGGACAUAUAGGAGUUGUAAAACUGCUACUCCAGAAUAAGGCGCCGAAGGUCGAGGUGAAUCCCAAGGGUGGGACUGAAUAUAACGCUCUUCACGCAGCUACGAGAGCAGGGCACGAGGAUAUUGUCAAGUUACUCAUUGAGAACGGGGCAGAUGUAAACGCCAAGGGCGUGCUUAAUGAGGCGUCACGUCUAGGGUACAUGGCUAUCGUCAAGCUAAUGUUACAAAACGGGGCCGAUGUCAAUUGUGAGAAACGUUGGGGGCCUCCGCUCCAAGCCGCCACUGGCUCAGGGCACGAGGCGAUCGUCGCGCUCCUGCUCGAGAAAGGCGCCAACGUCAACGCCCCGGGGGGCGAUGCCGAAUCAGGCGGCAACGCGCUGCAAGCCGCAUGCUAUUACGGCCAUGAGGCGGUCGUGCGGCUGCUACUCAAAAAUGGAGCGGAUGUCAACGCCCCGCGUGAGAAGUACAGGGGCGACACUAGGAAUAUGUUCGCACUGCAGUUCGCUGCGUCGCAGGGACACGUAGCGGUGGCGCGGUUGCUGCUGGAGGAGGGGGCGGACGUGAAUGCGGAGGGCAGGCAUUCGCAAACUGCGCUACGGGCGGCGGCGAAAGGGGGCCAUGAAGACAUGGUCAAGUUGCUGCUAAAGUGGGGAGCGACUGCGAAUUUGGAGGACGAGCGUUGGAAAAAGCUAAGGGUGACUCAUCGCUGGGUGGAAACUACAGUUAUGGAGUCGAUUUUGGAUUUAAUCGAAUCGUAUCCGCGGGAUUAGGGGUUUGAGUGUUGCCUCUUUAAAUAACGAAAUUUAUCAUGCCUCACAAUAAACAAUUCCGGUCGUCUAUUUAUUUAGUCGUUACGAGGAGGCUUGCAUUUACAUUAUCAGCUCGACAUGGCCACCGAGCUUCUAUAAUCACACUAGCACUAUUAAAUAGAUAGACACGUCAAUGUUUCAUAUCAUUCAUUCAUUUCUAUCUUUGGUAAACCCACACCAUAAAUCCCAUAAAUCCCUAUAAAUUUCAUCCCAUUGUGUCCAAAACCCC